UGUGACAUUGUAGUUUUUUGAGGUGUGCAAUUUUUUUUGACUUGACCUCACCUCUAACCUCGCGAUACGAGGAGAUCACUGACACAAUUUCCAGGAGACCUACUUAAGAUCUCGAGAUUUGUUAGAGAAGAAAAAAAAAAUGGUCGGUGGGUUAGAAAGGUUAGAGAGGCUCUUCGGUGGCCCUAGGAAGAAGGAAAAAGGAAGAGAGGCCGGACGCCGAGACGCUUCUGAUUUACCCCGAUCCUCGCAGCCUAAAGAUGGCGCCUAUUUCCCGUCACCUCCCUUCAUGCGGCCAACGUCAACGCCCAUGAGACCUCGUGAAGAGCCGAAUCGACGGACCAAAGCCGUAAAGGAACGCUCUCAAAGUUUACCUGAAUCGCAAGCGGCGCUAAAAAGGCGAUCCUCGACCGGCUCGAGCACUGUCGUCAACGAGCAAUUUUACCCGGGUAGUCCUAAGCGACCGAUAUCAUUGUCCAUCAAUCGCGCCAGGGAUUCUCUCGACACCAUACAACUAUCCAAAUACAAUUUUCCUGAGAAUAUUCACUCGGAGGGGCCCACGGGCGGGGCCCCUUCGAGAGCAAGUAUUAUAGAAGAGUCGGCGUACGAAUUCCUCACUCGUGGACAGGAGGCAGUGAACUUUCUAGAUUGGUCUCCAAAGCGCGUUUCAUCACUGCUGGAUACUCUCGGAUUGGACACCCUCACUAGUGAUCUCGGUGCCAUAUUACCGGGAGAUGUCAUGGCAUCACCGACAUCGCCCUCUACCUCACCUGACCCUUCAUCGCCUGCUAUGAAAACGGACGCCGUUUUCACGUCUCCCAGCUGGUCGCACAUGGAAUCAAGAAAUCACCCGAGCCAGGGGCCGCCAUUAUCCCCCAGGUAUCAAUCGCCGUCUCCGCUCUCGGGACCACACCCGGAUUCACCGCCGAUAUCAGAUGGGGAGGAAGAGCAUUCACGCAGCUCGCUGGCCCGGUCAAUAUCACUCGACGGUCUGCCUCCCCUGGGCGAGAUCACACCACGCACAUCGCUCGACUGUGCUUCUCAAAUUGCAGUAGAAGGCCUAGCUCGUAAGCUGUCCUAUCGGGAGUCUUGGGGCGUUAGAGUACAAGAUCCCGCAACAACAGGCAUUGCGUCGGAUGAAGUUCCACCCAACGAAACUGCACACAGUUUCCAGUCACAAGCGAUACGAGUGGCGGCCAGUAUAGCAUCCUUUUCGACCGUCAUAAAACACAGCGCAAUCUGCGGCAGUAUCACAGAGCCUACGAUUGGCGACUUUUAUGCGCUUCGUGACGACGAUCUGGCCGAAAGCCUGCCAACUGAACCCGAAACAGAUUCCGACGAGCCUCCGACGCCACCUCCGAAGGACUGGCCGAAGGCUGUUGACCGAGUCGCGUCUAUUCGAUAUAAAUCUGUGAAGCCGAUUGUGCCGACGACUGCGAUCAACCCCACUUCUGGAGAGUUCACUCCGCCCUGCACACCAACGGACUCUCAGUUCCUCUCCUUGAGUUACUCGCCUACUUUUGCAUCGGGAGCACUGGGUGCGAUAUGGGCAGCGAACAUUGCCAACAAGUACCAAUUCGACCUCAUUUACGUCAUCAGCCUCUGGCCCGAGAUGAAGGGCGAAAGCUUCGACCCCUCACUUCGCUCGCCUCCGGAGGACCGUCAAGGCAAAUGCUGGAACGCGGACUACGCCGCUUCUCGGUGCGCCAUUGUUGCCAAUCCAAAAUCGGGGAUGGCAGGUCGCUUGCUUGCUGCCUACGGGCUCAACGAAUUCGGGUCACCGUUCCGCAUACACACCGAAUUCCACGCAAAGAUGCUCGGGUUUCAAGGGUGGCAAGAGUAUCGUGACGACCUCGCGUCGCCGGGGAUGAUAGCGCGUGGGUGGACUUGUUCGUUCUACGGCGACCGGGUGCCAACGAAGCGAACCGGCGGAAAUGUGACGCCAGACGUGUCGACAAAUCGAGGCAUAGUUUUCGCAGCGUACACCAAAAAGACGACCCAAUCAGUCAUUCCGGAAAGGUCUUCGCCGAAGCAGACGGCGAUCCUAGGGAAGCUUCGCUCCGACGCACAGACGCUCAUCGACACCUUGGUACACGCGGCAUAGUUGUCUCAUUCACGGAGGGAGGUAGUAGAUGUCUCAGCAUACAAGGGGGUAACGUGGUUUCAAGUAUAAGGUGUCGAGGAAAGGGUGAGGGGGGAAGGGUAAAAGAAAAAAAAAAACGGAGUAUAAACACACGAGAGUCUCACGAUCACGGAAAGGCAAAGGCGCGGCGGGAAGGAAGGGCCCAAACGCUCUCUGAUACCCCUGGGGUCUAACGGCGCAUGUUAUGUAUUGAGAAGCGGUAGCUUGUGCGACUCGCCAGCCCGCAGAUUUUACGUGUAGAUGUUGAGAUCGGAUCGGUCUUGCGCGUUUCGCAGAGCUCAACUGCGGUAUUAAUUGUUUAUUUACGCUGGGACGCUGCGCCGAGAUGCUGCUAGUGAAUCCUUCGUUCGUUCGGCCGUCGAGCAGCACGCUCGGUUCCUGCAAGGACAGGCAUUGUUCUAUAGGUAAGGUAGGUAGGUAGGUGCCGCGUGGGAUUCGGAGCUGUGCUAGCAGAGGUAUGCGUGGCUCGCGAUGUGCUCGAACCUGUUAAUUCGCACGGCAGGUCGGCGUU